AUGCAAGCGUUGAAAGACCAAACAAUUAAGAUGUAUAUCACUAAUUAUUCACAAAUGUUGACUCAUCCCGAGAGAUAUACCAAACGGUCUUCUUGUCCUCAGUACUGGACACAACAAAUUAUGUUGGUUCAAGUUAACCCUGGGGAGACCCAUACCAUCAAGUCUGAUGAUGAGAAUAUUCAGAAUAUUCAAGGAUCAGCUGAUGUUCCUCUGAUGUCACCACCUGGUACUUUGCCAUCAAUCUAUCUCCCUCCUGGCUACAUGUCUCAGGUAGUAGAAGAAAAUGGGAUUCGCAAAAUUAUCAUUGUUCUCAGCAACUAUCACACAUCCAUGCCUGCACCUAUACAAGUAACACACUUUAUAACACCAUCCUCUCCUUUAUAUCCACAAGCCCCUCAGCUUAUGUAUCCCUUAGCUCAAGAGGAAUUUCCACCACCUACAUCCAAGAAAACCUAUUCCCAUGGAAUAGCAAAUUAUAACCAACUCAGUGAAAGAGCUGCUAAAAUGGGAGAACAUAUGAAGAAAAAAACUAGACAAGUUGGUGGACAAAAGAAUAGCUAUGUGGCUAACAACACUUCUUUGCUUGCGAACAAAACUAAUGAUUUUUUCAAUAUUUCUGGUACUCCAAGCACUGUUAACUAUGCUCCAAGCACCUACACUGUUGACAAUACUUUGAGCACCUACACUGUGAACAAUACUUUGAACGCUUACACUGUGGACAAUACUCCAGGUACCUACACUGUGAGCAAUGUAAAUGUUUACACUGACAGUACUCCCAGUACUUACACUGUUCACAGCCCUCCAAGCACUAACAUUGCUGACAAAACUCCCAGAAAUUCUUCCAUUGACCAUGUCCCUAGCAUUUCCAUCUCAGACACUACUCUGAGCCCUGCUACCUCUGAUGGCAUUCUGAACCCUUCUAGCACUAAUCAUACUCCCAAGACUGCCACCUCUGACAGAAAUCACAGAUCAUCUGAUAGUACUCCCAAACCAUCAAGUAUUGACAGUACUCCAGGCUCUUCUAUUUCUCACAGUGCUCCCAACACUUUCAUCUCUGAAAAUGCUCCCAGCACUUCUGACAUUGAUAAUGCUCUCAAUACUUCCAACACUGCCAGUGCUGAGAUUGAGACUAGACAUAGAAAGAAACAGAGUGCUAUAGGAGGCCACCAGGACAACCCUCCAAAGACGGACAGGGGCAUCCCCUUGUGUCACAGAGCCCACUCAGGGGAAGAGAGACAGCCCAUGAGCAAAGCAGAAAAUGGAAAGUCAUAUUGUUUCAACAUUGGGAAACCUGUAGUUUCUGAUAUUCAAACAACAUCUGCUGUUAUUUCAUGGACUCUACGUGGUUCUGAGAUGUGUGACCAUACUAAAUCUCCUAUAAUUGAAUUGGCAAUAUCUAACCGUGGUAAAAAUGGAAAAUAUAAAAAUAUAUAUACUGGUGAUGGAGUUACCUUUACCCUAGUUGAUCUACAAUCAUCCAUGGCCUAGUUUUUAAGAGUAACAACCAUAAGAGGCUCAGAACACGCAACUGUGUUUGAAGUAGUUAGUUUCAUAACCCCAAGUUGCAAACUGGACCCUCCACUUGCACCCAGACUGAUUAACAGAUCCAAGAGCAGCCUGAAUUUACAGUGGAAAGGUUCCAAUGAUAAUAGUUCCAAAAUAAACAGUUUCCUUUUGGAAUGGGAUGAAGUAUACAGCAAAGGUGAAGACUUCAAAAGUUGCUAUAUGAGUAUCAUAAAACAGCACAAGAUCCUUGGACUGAGUGUUUCUACAAAAUACUCAUUCAGAUUAGCUGCCAAAAAUAACUUUGGCUUGAAUGAUUUCAGUUAAACAGCAGUCUUCCAUACAUCAGGAACUAUGCCUCCAACACCUCCGCCUCCUAAGCUAAAAGAAGCAAGAAUCCGUUAUUUGUCAUUAGACUGGUGUGCCCCAACAAACCCAAAUGACACCCCUACUUAUGUACUAGAAAUGUAGGAAGCAGGAUCUGGUUUAGAUUUUAAGCCGAAAUACAAUGGAGAAGACUUUUCAUGCACUAUAAGAAGUCUUCAGAGAAGUACUACAUACAAGGGUAAGAUCUUUGCCUGCAAUAUGGAAGGAAGAAGCAACUCCAGUGGAGAAGUAAAAUAUACUACCUGUCCAGAUAAAACUGGAUCCCCUAGAAAACCAUAUAUAAAAGGAAAGAUCCAUGCACACAGUGUAAAAAUGGGAUGGAACAAGUAAUGUUUUUGUAUUUAAAAUUUUCCCUCUGUCUUAAUAUUAACUAUUGAGAAGAAAUCUUCCUCUCAUUGUCCUCAGCUUUAUAAAAUGUUCUCUUAAUCAUUUAUAUGUGAGAUAUUCUGCCAUAUAAAUGGGUUUAGUUGUAAAUUCUAUUAUUUUUCUAGUUCUCUCUUGCUACCUCAUUAAUUUGCACAUGAACAAAUUGUUGAGCUUUAUGUGUCCUUAAGUAAGA